AUGUCCCUGAAUGCUGCUCAAAGCGGCAUCAAGGGUGUCGGCAGCGCCCUCCCGGCCGACAGCCAGAACACACCAUCCGUCAACAAUAUUCAAUCGACCGUCGCAGGUCAAACGGAACCACUCCACCAGACAGCGGACCAGCUCACCGAACCUGUGAUGCCUGGUGAAUUCCCUUCGGAAGAUUCCUCUCGAAAAGAGCCCACUGAUAACGAAAUCACCUAUUCGACUCUGUUUUAUUUAUUUAAGGGCUGGAUUACGGGUUCAUUUCCUCGUGCCAUGGACUGGUUUGAAGAUAGCGUCAGGAAAUUCGUCCAAUGGCUCCUGCCACCGCCCCAACAAAUCGAAAUAUACGAGGCUGCGCUGAAGCGUCCUAUCGCUUCGACAUUCAUUGUCAGCCAACUCAUCUGCUGCGGAGUGCCAUUGCUGGUUUUAAUGGCUGUGGUAUUUCCCGUCGCAGCUGUCGCUCUUCUCCUAUGGUUCAUUUUGUCAUUGCUCAUCGGUGGCCCGAUCCUGUUGAUAGCGAGUAUGAUGGGUGUCUCCCUCUGGGGCUGGGAAUGGAUAACCUAUGGGUUCAUCAAGUUCAUCGACCAAAGGUAUAUGGGCGGCAUGCUUGCACGAUUCUGGUUGCCGCAAGGACAGUCUCAGACUGAGGACAAACCACCCCAAGAAAAGGUCCAGACUUCGGAAGUGAAAAGCGAUAGGUGA